UCAAAUGUAAUGUUCCUUUGAUUUCGAUGCGCCAGCGACAGUCGCGCGCAAUCUCUAAAAAUCAUGUGUUAAGAAAAUUCUGCCUAGAAAAUUCCAGAAGGGAUUUGAUCAGGAGAAACUCAUGUGCUUCCUUUGUGAUUCAGAUUUGUACCUUUUUAAUUUUAUCUAUAUCUCAUUUCGCAAUUACUAUCUACAUCCUGGAAUUGAGGGUGUUAAUAUUCGUUCUUCAGUUAAUACUUGAGAGUAUACCUAUAGUGUAUCUGCUCCAUUUGUAUUCACCGAUUUGGAUGUUCCGAACUGUACAAAUACUGUAUCAGGAAUUCAAGAAUUUUAUUAGCUUUCCUCCUACAAGGGGGACUGAGGGAGCUCUCAUAAAGACUUUCCUCUCAAGAUUUGAAAUUGAAGAACAUUUUGAAAGGAGAUUUGUAUGCUGUUCUUUUCCAUUUCUCAAGGCAGGAUCCACCGCCUAUCAAAAGGUGCUUGGAAUUCAAAAUCGAUCAGGAAAAAGGUCAGAUCUGUCCAUUUUGAGCAAUUUGUAGAAUUACUUUGUAAAUAAUUAGGAAUAAGUAUUUUAGGAUUAGAUUCAACAAGGUACCUUGGGAUUUUUGGGAAUUUUGGUUCAAUAGAUUGUUAUUGAGGUUU